AUGCAAAUCUUGCCCGACUGUACGAUCGCGUAUGGGCAAUCUGACGAGUACAGUUUCGUGCUCCGGCCGGACACGUCAGUUCACGGCCGUCGUCGACAAAAACUCGUUUCAUUAGCCGUCUCCAAGUUCACCGCUGUCUAUCAGUUCUACUGGGCGCACUUCUUCCCCAACACAGCGCUACUGUACCCAGCUGUCUUUGAUGGGCGACUGGUCCUCUACCCGACUGAGAAAAUACUAAGAGAUUAUCUCGCGUGGAGACAGGUCGAUUGUCACAUCAACAACCUUUACAACACCACCUUCCAUGCGCUGAUCCAGAAACAAGGUUUGACGCCGAGCGAGUCUGAAAAGCGCCUCUCAAAAACUCUCUCAAAGGGAUCAGGGAUCAAUUAUAAUGACGAGAAGGAAAUAUUCAAAAAGGGAUCGGUUCUUAUUGGAGCUGAAAAUAGAAAGGAGGAUGAAGGAGAAAUAGACUCUUGGGAAGCCCAUACGAGCGAAGAAAAGAAGCACUUGCAGAAGCGUCAAGUUCUAGUGCUGCACGUCGACAUCAUAAAAGACUCAUUUUGGGAGAGAUAUCCGAACCUGUUAUUGCCGUUAGAUGAGGUCAAGAAAGCCAGAAAAAGACAGUUAGGAGCUGCAAAUGACUUAAGCUUGCCAUCUCGAAACGAGCCGGUAAGCUUCACCUGUCGCCCUGUGACGGGAACCAUUGGAGACCUUCUUGAGCAAAUCAAGGAAGAAGAUCGUGGCGUAGAUCACGCUGCUAUUUAUGCUCAGGGCGAGAUUCGUCUAGCCUCCGCAACGACUAUCAGCCAGCUCCUGACGAUGGGCGACUUCCAGCUUCGAAUCAACGACAUCCGUCAUCAAAUUCAGCUCCCAGAUGAUCAAAUCGCCCGGUUGCUACUUGUCAAUGAAGACAACGAGAUGGCAGCUAUCAAGCAACUUGUCCACUCGCUUCACUCAUCGCUCGGAAUCGCCGAAUUCCAGUUCCAACACCAUAAGAAGCUUACUGCCAAACGAGAUGAAAUCAUGGAAAAGUUGAAGAAGUGCCAACUCGUCAAGCAAAAAAUCGACGAGGAUGCGAUUAUAUUCUCGAGCAGAAUGCACACCGGAGCAAUGAUUGGAAUGAGCGUUCUCUGGGGAAUCAUGGCCAGAUUGACUUGGUGGGAGUAUUCUUGGGACGUGAUCGAACCCGUAACGUUUUUCGUCACUUAUGGUGGAGCGAUUUGCUGUUAUACCUUUUAUCUGGCGACAAAGACACUACCUGACUAUGAAGACAUGACGAAUAGAUGGCAACUUUUGAAAACCCAUAAGCUUUCAAAGAAGCGUGGUUUUUCAAUUGAAGAAUAUAACACUCUAUCUCACGAAUAUGCUCUUGUAUGUGAGCAAAUUGACCGUCUUGAAGACGAGUUACAGCUUUUACUGACAGAAGAAGCCGAGUACGAAGACGAUGCCGAAGCAACGGACUCAUUCCUCGACUUUUAA